GACAAAGAGUUGUGGGCAGGCCUCUGGGCCAACUGGUACCAACAUGGCAGAGAAAGUGAACAACUUCCCACCAUUGCCCAAGUUCAUCCCACUGAAGCCAUGUUUCUACCAAGACUUCGAGGCAGACAUCCCUCCCCAGCAUCUCAGCAUGACUAAGCGCCUCUAUUACCUUUGGAUGUUGAACAGCAUCACACUGGCCGUGAACCUGGUGGGCUGUCUUGCGUGGCUGAUCGGAGGCGGGGGAUCCACCAACUUUGGCCUCGCCUUUCUCUGGCUCAUCCUCUUCACACCCUGCUCCUACGUCUGCUGGUUUCGGCCCAUUUACAAGGCCUUCAAGACCGACAGCUCUUUCAGCUUCAUGGCAUUCUUCUUCACCUUCACGGCCCAACUGGUCAUCAGCAUCAUCCAGGCUGUGGGCAUCCCAGGCUGGGGCGUCUGUGGCUGGAUCGCCACCAUCUCCUACUUCGGGACAAACAUUGGCUCAGCAGUGGUGAUGCUCAUUCCCACCAUCAUGUUCACAGUCGUGGCUGUCUUUUCCUUCAUCGCCCUCAGCAUGGUUCAUAAAUUCUAUCGGGGAAGUGGGGGAAGUUUCAGCAAAGCUCAGGAGGAAUGGACCACAGGGGCAUGGAAGAACCCACAUGUGCAGCAGGCAGCCCAGAAUGCAGCCAUGGGGGCAGCCCAGGGUGCCAUGAAUCAGCCGCAGACUCAGUAUUCCGCCACCCCUAACUACACAUACUCCAAUGAGAUGUGAGCCAGCCAAGCCUACAGGAGGCAGGGCUGGGGGCCAGUGGGACAGGGGGCUCAAGCUACAGCAUCUGUUGUGGUAAACAAGCAGGGUUUCCCCUUCCCUUUUCUCCUCCUCCCCAACUUUGUACAAAGAAUCAGAGUUAUAUAUAUAUAUGUAUAUGUCUAUUCCCUGCCCCCACUUUUUGGUUCCUGCUCUUAGAUCUUUAAGAGCUGUGGGUUGCACGUGGAGCUAUCCCGUGCAGUGGUAGCUGUGUCUAUGUCCCCUUGUGAAAUAGUUGCAGUGAAGGUCUCUUGUUGUGGUGCUAGCUGUAUGUUUAGAACUAAACCAGCCCCCCCACCCUCACCAGGCUGCCCCCUCUGACCCUGACCCAGGGACUCCUUAUGGGGCAGGGGGAGGCAAAGCAGGGAGCCUGGCGCCCUCUGCAGGGUUAUGAGCUGAAACUUUCCACUUUUGUCCCUAUUGGGAAGCAACAGUAUUUAGCACUUAUGGUGGUAGGUGGGAAGGUGGGGACAAGCAGGGGUGCUUCCCUUGCUUCUUGUAAUCCAUCUGAUCUCCUCCCUCAGUCUUCUCCUCUCCUUGUCUCCUCCCUGCCAUCAGAUUCCCAGUGCUCACUUCCAUCAUCCAGGGUCUCUUUCUCUUUCCUGUGUGGCUUUUCUGUCUUUGCCAAGGCUGUAUCCCAGUUAUAUCUGCUUCUAAGACUAAGCCCACAUUCCCAAAUCUGAUCUGAUUUCCAGUUCAAGUAAGCUGAGAGGGGAGCUGAGCCUCAGCCCUGAUGUUGAAGGGGUAUGCAGCUGGAGAUUCAAAGCCCACCUGGGGACCUGAAUUCCAGGGAAUGGCAAUACAGGAUUGGUCUCCUUGCCUCUGAGUCCAUCUGUCUGUUUCCUUCUGCUUCCUUCUCAACCCUCAAAUCCUUGGGCUUGACUCUUCUACCCUGGCUUUACUGCCUUCCCUGAGGAGUUUGGUUCUGUGGGGAUUUGUCAUCUCCAGUUGUGCUGGAGCAGAAGACAUGUAAAUAAUUAUUGGUCCCUGGGGAGGUCUGGCUAUUCUCAUUCCACUGGAGCUUCUAGGUAUCUCUGAGUAACCAUAGGAUUCCACUGGAUUCCUUGGAGCAAAGCUGUUCUGUUUGGGUCUGGCAGGAAGUACAGGGCUCAGAGGGCCAGAACUGGAAGAGAGAUCAGAAGAAGGUAGACAGUAUCCAAUGAGAGAGGAGCAUGCCACUCGUAGUCUCACUUGCUCUUGGCCACAGAAAAGUGCUGGGCACUUGAACUUGGGGCCCAGGGAAAAGUGCACAGGUCCAGUCCUUGUUGUAAGCACAAUGAACCUAAAUGGUAUUUCUGGUUAGUCAGGGAGGGAAGAAGAGAUGCUUUGGCUUUAGUUUUUGGUUUAGGUAUCCCCCACCCCACAUCCAAAUCAAGAUAACUUCCUUCCUUCUGUCUAAAGGAUUUGGUUCUUGGCAAUUCUUCACCCUGUUAACACCUCUUUCCCCUUCUAAGAGGCCCAAACAGGGGCUGUUUUGUUUGAAGCAGUGAUGAACAUUGCUGGCAGAGGCCUCAACUCUGUAUGAGACCUGGAUGGAAUUGGGUUCUCACCAAAGGAGCAGCUCCCUAUUUCCUACCCUCUCUUCUUCCAGUGGAAGCCCACCUGGGCUAGAUGAAUUGGAAAACCAGACCCCACUUGACCACUCUAGGCUGGCUCCUCCUUGAAACUCAACACCUCACUUUGCAGGCCACUCUGAGCAUUGACCUACCACUACUUCAUAAAGUUCUUUUCUAAUGGUCCCUUAGGCUUGGGUCACAAAAUAUAAUUGGUUCUCUUAUCAUUUUCCUUCUGGAGAGCAGUUGUCACAGCCCCUGGUAUCUGAAGAGACCCUUCCUUCCCCUUGAUCCCAGUCCUCUGAUUCCCUUUCCCUUAAUCCCUCUGGUAGUUCCAGGAAGACUGUGGUCCAGUUGCUAGCCUGGCAUCCAUGGCCUGUUGGAUGCCACCUUCAAUCAAUUUCCUGUCCUACCUGCCUUUCCCCUGAACUGGCUCAGACCCGUAUGGCUGUGCCUGGCAUUGUCCUUGGAAACCCUAUUACCUACGUCUGGCCCAGCUUAUUCAGUCUCUGGGAGGCUGUAUUUCUAGGCAACUAUGCACUUUCCUGUGGAGGGAACCAGGAUGAGAAGUGGGGGUUGGACACAGAACCCUCUCUGCUGGAUGGUCUGGCUUGGAGGUGGGUCAAGGAGGGCCCAGUUAUGGGGAUCCUCAGGUCUGUGGCCAGCCAGUGAUCUGUUUUUGCAUUUUCCUGGUGCCCACUGCCCCUCCUUAUUUCUGGGAGGCAUAAACCAUUCCCUAGCUGGCAGUUGAUCUGCCUGAGCCAAUGUGUCUAUCUGUGGUAACUGAGUGAACAAA